UACACAAUUGAAUUGCUAUUCGUCGUGAAAGCUUGCUCUUGCUUCUUCUAAUAUUUUUGAUUUUGGAAACUUAAAACGUUAUUUCUGAAAUUUUGAAUUUCAAUAAUAUAUUGUUUUUGCAGUUUGGAACGGUGAUUAGUGAAAGUAGAACCGACUGUGACACCGAAGUUUUAUACAGAUUUACAUUUUGUUGUCCGUUAGUUAAAACUUGAUUUUUGUCGUUUUGGUCAAAAAGUUUGAAACUUUUUGAAAAUGACGACAGCAGCUCGUCCCACAUUCGAACCCGCGAGAGGUGGGAGUGGCAAGGGGGAGAAGGACUUGAGCGCCUUGUCCAGACAAUACUCGUCCAGGGAUUUGCCAGGACAAACAAAACUUAAAUAUCGAGAACCAGGCCAGGGAACCUCGGAUGAAUUUAAGAACAAGGACUACCGACGAGACUUGGAAGAGAAAGAAAGACAAAUUCGCAAGGAGAAGGAUAAGGACAUCAGAAAUCGACCUCCACCACCACCAGAAGAACCCCGAGUCGCCAUACAACCCCCACCUGCCAAAAAAGCUCGCUCUGAUCACACAAAUCUUGACGCGGAUGAUCCCGUUGACGAUUCUGAGGCUUCCGAUGAAGACGACUCCUCCGACGAUGAGGACGACACUGCCGCCCUAAUGGCAGAAUUGCAGCGAAUCAAAAAGGAACGUGCUGCAGAACAAUUGAAGAAAGAGGCUGAAAAACGCGCAGAGGAAGAAAGAAUCCGUGCCGAGAACAUUCUGAGUGGAAACCCGCUCCUCAAUGUGACCUCUGCAUCCUCCGCCGUGGCGAAAAGUGAUAUGAAAGUGAAGCGAAGAUGGGAUGAAGACGUCGUUUUCAAAAAUUGUGCUCGUGUGGACGAUGCCGAUAAAAAUAAAGGUUUUAUUAACGAUUGUCUGAGGUCCGAUUUUCACCGCAAAUUCAUGCAAAAGUACAUAAAGUAGAAAUACUUUCAAUUACGCUAUUGUAUAAUAUGUUACUUUAACCAAAAUUCUAGAAUAUUUGGAAUACUUUUUACUUUUAAACUUUGAUAGAAUAUGAUAAACCUUGUUCUUUUUGUUCAAUUAGUAAUUCACUUAUUAAUAAAAGUCCUGUUCCAAUUCCAA